UGACCUGCCGCGGCGUGGGUGGGAUGUCGGCGGCAGGACGCUGCUUCCUCGUGCUGCUGCGGGCGCGCUCCGGCGCCCUGGCUCGGCGCCCGCCCGAGGGCGUGGCGCCCUCCCGGGGUCUGCGCGCGGAGUGCGGGCCCCGAAGGCUCUCCAUCGAAGGCAACAUCGCUGUGGGAAAGUCCACCUUUGUGAAGUUCCUCACGGCAGCUUAUCCAGAGUGGCACGUGGCUACAGAACCUGUAGCAGCAUGGCAGAACAUCCCGACUACGGGCACCCAAAAAGCCUCCACUACCCAGAAUCUUGGAAACUUGCUCGAUAUGUUGUACCAGGAGCCAGCACGAUGGUCCUAUACAUUCCAGACAUUUUCUUUCCUGAGCCGCCUGAAAAUCCAGAUGGAGCCUGUCCCCGAGAGACUGUCCCAGGCCAGCAGCGCCGUGCAGAUCUUUGAGAGGUCUGUUUACAGCGACAGGUACAUCUUUGCAAAGAACCUUUUUGAAAAUGGCUCCCUCAGUGACAUGGAGUGGCACAUCUACCAGGACUGGCAUUCCUUUCUCCUGCAACAAUUUGCCAGCCAGCUCCGACUUCAUGGCUUCCUCUACCUCCGGGCUACCCCCCAGGUUUGUUUGAAGCGACUGCAGCAGAGAGCCAGGCAGGAGGAGAAGGGCAUCGAGCUGGCAUAUCUCGAGCAGCUUCACGAGCAGCAUGAGGCCUGGCUCGUCCGCAAGACAACCAAGCUCCACUUUGACUCUCUGCUCAACAUUCCAGUGCUGGUGCUGGAUGUCAAUGAUGACUUUUCUGAAGUCGGAGCCAAACAAGAAGAACUCUUGGCAAAGGUAAACACCUUUAUAAAAAAUCUAUAGUCAUAUUCUUGGAUUUACAUGUUUUACAGUAACAAUAAGUCUCUCAAUGAGAGACGUUACUGGUGCCUGCUCGAACAAGUCGAUGAGCAACAGGAUGACAGUGAAGUGAAAUUUAUUUUUUAUUUUUAUUUAUUAUUCUUAUUUUUUUGCUUUUUGGGUCACACCCAACAGUGCUCAGGGGUUACUCCUGGCGGUGCUCGGGGGAAAAAAUUUGGGGCUGGAGCGAUAGCACAGCGGGUAGGGCGUUUGCCUUGCAUGCAGCUGACCUGGGUUUGAUCCCCAGCAUCCCAUAUGGUCCCUCGAGCACCGCCAGGAGUAACUCCUGAGUGCAAAGCCAGGAGUAACCCCUGUGCAUCGCCAGGUGAGAUCCAAAAAGAAAAAAAAAAAAUUUUUUUUUAAUUUAAAACUUUAAAAUUUUUUAUAAAGCAUCUUGAAUAUGACUAUAUUCAUAUAUGAAUAAAGUUAUAGGAAUAACUUUAUAUUAUAAAGUCUCCUCCCACGCCUGGCUGUCUUCACCGGGGCCCCUGAGAGGGGGGCGGGUUGAGUUUCCCUCCCCACCCCAAGCAGAGUCUCAACAGCCGAAGACCUCCAGAACCCCAACCACAGCCAUGCUCAAGGCCACUCUCCACAUGCUCAGACAAGCCUCACGCAUGAAGGAACCAGCAGAGGAACCCAGAUGUGUGGGACCCAGGACUGAGAUCUCCAAGCCUGCUCGGAUCAGGACUGGGCCUCCUCCACCCAGAUCCCCCAUUUUCCAGCAGCUUGGAGUCACACCCACCAACUGCCUCCAGCACCACGUAAUCCCAUCAACAGGCAAGAUCCAGAGACUAUAAACAAAGCUCCCAGAAGCGUGCAGCUGCUCGACCUCUUAUUGUCUAGUUCUCCCUCUCAGAGAACCUGGUAAGCUACUGAGAGUAUCCUGCCUGCACAGUAGAGCCUGGCAAGCUCCCCAUGGCGUAUUUGAUAUGCCAAAAACAGUAACAAUGAUGGGUCUCAUUCUCCAGACCCUGAAGGAGCCUCCAUUGUGGUACUAUUGGGAAGGACGAGUAAAGAGAGGCUGCUGAAAUCUCAGGGCUAAGACGAGAGGAGAUGUUACUGGAGCCCGCACGAGCAGAUCAAUGAAUAACGGGAUGACAAUGAUACAGUGAUAUGAAUAACUUUAUAGUUAUUCAUAGUUGAAUUUUAGAUAUACAGUAUUGUAACACCAGUCCCGACACCAGUGUCAGUGUCCCUCCAACCAGUGUUCCCAGGUUCCCACCCAUAUUCCGCCACUCCCCCUCACCCCCGGCCUCCCCAGCCUGCCCUGUUUUACAGCACCAAUGCUGCUCGCUGCCAUUGUUCUAGAGGAACAAGUAAGUCAUGGGUGAUGCAGCACCUCUCCUGAGAUGCUGUGAAGUGUUCGUAAGAGAAAUGAAGAAAUGGGGGUGGAAAAGAACUGCUACUCUGUGACACCCACACAAGGAUGCAAUUGCCUACUGACACAUUUCUCACAACAUAUCUUUGUCAUUAAGUGAUGCAUGGCCGUAGGCUUAAGAGAAAAAUGCAUGCCUGUAUAGAAAUGCAAUGCUCGUUGCAAGAAGUCUGCAGGCCUGUGAUUUACCAGGAGCAGAAUUCACCCAUGCGGCCCUUGACAGUUGUGUAGGCACAUAAAGAAUUGAAUGAGUUCAGAGCUAAAUACCCUGAGAGAGAUGUGUUUCCCUUAGUGAUAAAUAAGUGUGAGAUUGGUGUGAUGUUUGGAAAUUAGCACUACACUGUAGCACUGUCGUCCUGUUGUUCAUUGAUUUGCUCGAGCGGGCACCAGUAACAUUUCCAUUGUGAAACUUGUUACUGGUUUUGGCAAAUCAAAUAUGGCAUGGUAGCUUGCCAGGGUCUGCCAGGGCAGGAUACUCUCGGUAGCUUGCUGGGCUCUCUGAGAGGGAUGGAGGAAUCGAACCCAGGUUGGCCGUGUGCAAGGCAAACACCCUGCCUGCUGUGUUAUUACUCCAAUCCGUUUGGAAAUUAAAACACAGCAUAUUAUUAUCUUUAAAACAAAAAAGUUUUAUUGAGACAUAACUCAUGGACAAAGCCAACUCAUCGUUUAAAGUAUAAAGUGUCCUCCUGAAUAGCUAAAGCACUCCUAAGGUAAAGGAAGAUGGGAUGCAUUGCUUUCCCUAACUUCAAAUUGUAUUACAAAGUGGCAGUAAUUAAAACAGCACAGUAUUGUGAUAGUAAUAGACCCUCAGAUCAGUGGAAUAGACUUGAAUUUCCUGAGACAGACCCUCAGGUAUAUGAUUUGUUAAUCUUUGAUAGAGAAGCAAAAAAUAUAAAGUGGAGCAAGAAAAGCCUCUUCAGCAAUUGGGGCUGGGAAAAUUGGUCAGCUACAUGCAAAAAAAUUAAUUCAGACCUCUUUUUAACACCAUGCACAAAAAUCAGAUCAAAAUGGUUUACGAUCUUGAUAUCAUAACUGAAUCCAUAAGCUACGCAGAUUAAAACAUAGGCAGAACUUUCCAUGACAUGGAAGCUAAAGGCAUCUUCAAUGAUGAGACAUCAUUAACCAUCAAGUGGAAGCAAAGAUAAGCAAAUGGACUACAUUAAACUAAAAAGCUUCUGCACUUCAAAGGAAACAAUGUCCAGAAUACAACAACAGUCCACUGAAUGGGAAAAAUUGCUUACCCAACACUCAUUUGAUAGGGAUUAAUAUCCAAGAUGUAUAAGGCACUGGAAGAACUUUACAAGAAAAAAACCCUACAAUCCCAUCAAAAAAUGGGGAGAAGAGAUGAACAGAAACUUCCUCGAAGAAGAAAUGCAGAUAGCCAAAAGGUAAAAAAAACUGGCCUAAAUCACUAAUUAUCAGGGAGAUGCAUCUCAUGCAACAAAAACUGGCACACAUUGGUCAAAAUGAACAACGAGUACUGGCGUGGAUGUAGGGAAAGAGGAACUCUCAUUCACUGUUGUUAGGAAUGCCGAUUGGUGCCUUCUUUCUGGAAAACAAUAUGGUCAUUCCUCAAAAAACUAAAAAUUGAGCUUCUAUACACCCAGCCAUACCUCUCCUGGGAAUAUAUUCUAAUGACCCAAAAACAUACCACAGAAAAUCCAGGGGGAAGGAGAGGAGGGCAGUUAGGACAGAGACAGGAUCACUAUGGCGAUGAUAGUUGGAAAUGGUCACUCUGGACAAGAACUGGAGUGAUGUGCUGAUACCCUUUCAGUAACAGUAUUGCAAACCACAGUGCCGAAAAGAGGAAAGAGAAAGUGGCUGCUGUAGAGGCAGGAUGGGAAGGAAACUGGAGACUUUGAUGGUGGGAAAUGCACCCUGGUGAAGGGAUGGGUGAUAGAACGUUGUAUGACUGAAAUUCAAUCAUGAACACAGUGAUUAAAUAAUAAAUAAAAGUGUGUAGUUUGGGGUCAGGUUUAUAGCUCAGAGGCCCGGAGUGCAGCCUUUGCAUGCAGGAGCCCUGAGUUCAGUCCCCAGCAACGCAGGGUCCCCUAACACCACCCAGUAUGGUCCAGUACCCCUGCAAAUUUUUCACCAGCACAAACAUUUCCAAGCUCUUCACCCCAAGAAGAAGUGUCAUGCCUUCAGCAGUCACUCCCUAUUUCACACCUCCCCACAGUCUCUACUUACCCCACCCCAAUUAUGCAGAUAUCAAUCUACUUUUGGGGGUUGUUUUUUCUUUCUUUUUUUUCUUUUUGGACCAUACCUGGCAGUGCUGAGAGUACUUUUUCAUGGCUCUGUGCUCAGUGGUCACUCCUGGUGGGAUUUAGGGCACCGUGUUUGGUGCCAGGGAUCAAACCUGGAUUUAUUCUCUGUAAGGCAAGUGCCUUACCUAUGUCUCUGGCCCAUACUUUGUAUCUGAUUUGCCUGUUCCAGACAUUUCAUGUAAAUGGAAUGUUAUGUGCCUUUUGUGUUAAGCUUCUUUUGUUUCCAAGGCUUAAAAGUUCAUCUGUAAUAUGUACUUUCAUUUAUCAUGGUUCAUAUUUUAUGAAUAAAUAGUUUAUGCAUAUUC